GUGCACUCGGCCCAGAGUAGCAGCAGGAGUAGCAUUUUUGUGCACCGCUCGCCUACCUUGGUCCUUCGGACGCCGUCGAGGUGUCUGUCAGAGAGGAUCGGGAAGGGAAGGGGAAAGGGAAAAGCAGCGAGGGAAGUAAGGGGGGAAAUACUUAGGUCGGGGAUUUCCUCUUUGCGGCUCUCUUUCUCGCGCAGCAGCCGUAGCGUGGGUUGAGUCAGGCGGUUCGCCAGCCAAACAGCCAGUCGCCAUGGCGUUCCAGAAGGUAACGAAGACGCGCGCGUAUUUCCGGAGGUAUCAAGUCAAGUACAGGCGCCGCCGACAGGGGAAGACUGACUACCACUCGAGAAUACGUCUCGUCUGCCAGGACAAGAACAAGUACAAUACGCCCAAGUACCGCUUGGCGGUCCGAUUUACAAACAAGGACUGCACUUGUCAAGUCAUUUAUGCGACGAUUGCGGGAGAUAUCGUUGUUGCCGCUGCGUACUCGCAUGAGCUCCCGCGGUACGGCUUGAAGGUCGGCCUUACCAAUUACGCUGCUGCUUAUUGUACCGGACUCUUGUUGGCACGGCGGCUUUUGAACAAGUAUGAGAUGGACGAGAUGUAUCCAGGCAACAACGACGGGAAUGUGGGAGAAGAUUUCAACGUCAGCGCGGAAGACGAGAGGCGCCCAUUCCGUGCUUUGUUGGACAUCGGCCUUGUCAGGACCACCACCGGAAACCGUUGUUUCGGUGCCUUGAAGGGUGCUCUCGAUGGCGGUCUUGACAUUCCCCACAGCGAGAAGCGUUUCGCUGGUUAUAACAAGGAGGACAAGUCCUUGGAUGCAGAGAAGCAUCGCCGGUAUAUUUUCGGUCAGCACGUAGCUGAGUACAUGAAGAACCUCCGUGAAGAGCAGCCGGAGAAGUAUGCCGCUCAUUUCUCCCACUACAUCAAGGAGGGUAUUGAGCCAGAGAAGAUGGAAGCGAUGUACAAGAGCGUGCACGAUGCCAUCCGGGCGGAUCCUGCAGCGAAGCUGACCGUCAAGAAGAAGCCGGCCAAGAUUACCACCUGGAAACCACGCAAGCUCACGCACGCCGAGAAGAAGGCGAGAUUGGUGGAAAGGCUGAAGGCUCUUCAGCAGGACGAUGAAGACGACGAGGAGGAGGAAGAGGACGAAGAGUAGAGAUCGGGCGAUGACGUCUGCGGGUGGAGGCUUCUGCGGGUGCCUUGAGGAUAGCAUGCUGGGUCGGAAAUGGUCGAGGUCUUUGACUUUUUUGAGUUGAGCGAGGUCGUAUUUCAUCAUGCGCGUUGAGCGCUUGCUGUGGCAGGGUUUCUGAAGAGAGGCUUGUACUUGAGGAGAUCAUCUUGCGAUUUGUUUUGUUUUAUUUCAAAUCGAAACAUUCGAGACCGGAAUUUUUUCUCUCGCCUGCAAUUUUGGUACAUGCCAUGGUUUUGAUUGCCUUCUUUUCUCCUUCUCUGCCUCUACUAUGGUUUACAUGGCAAUUCUGUUUGACGAUAUAUCUAUCAUCUCCGACGAAACAAUUCGUCACAGCCCCUUGUUUGUUUGUUGUCCUCUUCUCCUCUCUGUCUAGUACGGUUUACCGUCCACAGCUCUGUUUGCCUAUAUAUAUAUAUAUUCAAACAGUGCUGCCCGCUAGUAGGCAUAUCUACGUGUAUAUCCAUAGUAUCCAAACUCCAAUGUUGUGCCUUGGGAUUGAUGUAAGGCUCUGUCUGCGGCUGACCAUCCCGCUCUCUCACUCUGUUUUGGUCUUCCUUCAUUUUCCUUCUUGCCACGGGGCUGGGCUCCUAAAUCUCUCGCCUUCUCGUUCCUCUUUUGGUCUUCUUGCACUUCUCCUUGCGACCCUACGGGUACCCCCCCGUAAGCGGCUAGGAAGACUGUUGGGGCGGGGAGCCACGUUCUGUCCUGGUUGACUCACAGGAUCCGUACUUGCUGCCGACGAUGGAUGGAAGUGCACGCUCCCAUCUGCCGGGCAGAAGGUUGAACGGCUGCUCACCGGUCAGAAUCGGCUGGAAGCGGGCGGAGGGAGGUGAGUAGGGGGCGGAGGGGGUGCGCAAGGGGCGGAGCGGAGGGGGGUGAGUAGGCGGCGGAGGGGGGUGAGUAGGGGGCGAGCGUUUCAACACAGUUGCGAAAGCAGGGCUAAAUUUAUUAGAUAAUUGUCUGGUGUGCAGGUGGAAGUUUAUGAGAGGGGGAGUGAAAAUUAAACGACCAGUACCCACUGGUUUGUGUUGCCGUUAACGCUGUAGCCUCUUUGGUCUGCCCCUUGGGUCCAUAUCAAUUCGAUCCCGGGGGGUACGGAAAAUGCGGUAGGUACUGGUGGUUUAAUAUCUGAGAGUCGGGGCUUAGUUUUUUGACGAAGGGUUUUGACCCGAAUGCUUGGGCAUUACAUCUGUUUUUGGUGCUGCAACUGUCAGCUUAGAGACCUUGAUAAUGACCCCGGGAGGUUUAUUCAGGUGAAUGAACACGGCUGCAUAAAGCACUGAUAGAAGAAGAUUGAAAACACAUGUUGUGCAAAGGAGAGAAGGAAUAACGGAAGGAACUCGUUUCCUGAGCAGCUUUGUCCAAGACGGAGUUCGUGAAGAAGUGACUGCUCAAGUCGAAUUCUCAAAUUACGAAAACAAUUCAAAACUUGAAAAUUGAGUAGUGAUUUAGCCAAAUACGAUGCGGACGCUGUUUUUGCAGAUGUGGUUAUUAAGGAAUGUUUAAACACAAGUAUGCACCCGCCGCAUUUCGAUCAUAGAGGGAGAAGUCCCUCCGUCCGACCAUAGAGGGAGAAGUCCCUCCACCUCCUUCGACUGGUACUGUAAUUCCUACGCUGUAUUUUCUGUCAUCUCUCUCUGAUAGCUUCAGAAUUUCCCUCGUAGUAUUAACGGCACGGAAUUGCCCGUCCAGGGCAAUUCGAAAUUCCUACCCCCUCCCCUGUCGAAGUCUCUUUCGCCACACCCACAAAGACGCGGACAGGGGAGGGGGUAGGAAUUUCGAUGCACGGGGACGUAGAUAAAUAAAAUUUGCUGAAUUUA